AGAAUAGAGGAACAAACAACCACCUGGUUUGGCCCAUUAAUGGAAACCUCCGAGUCCGUUUAGAGUCCAAUUUCUUCUUUUUUCCGUUCUUCUCAGCUGCGAGUUCACAACGCAACCGUUAUUUGCUGCACUAGACUAGAUCCGAGCGAGAAAACUGAGCUUUAGUGGAAGACAGGAAGACGUUCUCGAGGGCCCGUCAUAUCUCUCCCACGAAUAAAGUGCAGUAUAGAACCACUGUUCUUCUUCCUACUUCUUUAUUCAUUGCUCUGUGGUUACUCCACUGAUUUCUCGCCCAUUUCCAGUGGCAGGCUGAAAGCAAUUAGGAGCUAAGCUUUGGUGUAACCUCCAUUAAUCUGAAGAUGAUUAAACAUUCACCAGCAAACAUUAGAGAAAUGAACAUGAAUGUUGUUCAUAACUAUGAAGAACACUUGUAGUCGGGUGCACGAAGCACAGUAGACCCGGUUCCUGAUAUGGUUUGCUGGUUAGGAAGUCUGGAGUACUAGGGACAGGAAUAUACUUCCCAUCUCUCAUCAUGUUCAGGCAGUCACCUACAAGUAGGAACCAUAGGUCAAAAGGAUUCAAGUCCAAGCAUGUUCUGCAAUUCUGUCUGUUGCUUGCUAUUUGCUUCUGGUUGAUUUAUCAAGUCAAACGCUCCCAUGAGAAAAGGAAAGAAUUUGAUGAAAAUGAUUCCAAGUUUUCACUAAAGACGGAAAGCAGCUUUGUGCCUACAAUGUGGGGAAGGAAAGGUCUCCUUCCCCGUUCAGAGGAAAUAACCUUACCUAAUGGCAAGCAAGAUAAGCAGGUGGAAGAUGAGAACCCAGAAGAAGAUGAAGAGAAUAAGCCUGAAGAAGAAGAAGCAGAGCAAGAUCAAGACAGCAAGUUUGAAGAGGAAAAUGAUGAAGAUAGAGGAGGUGGAGAUGAUAUGGUUGACGAACAUAAUCAAGAGAAGUCGGAUGAAGAGGUUGAACAAGAGGAAGAACUUGUUGAUGAUGAGAAAGAUAGAGGAGAGGUUGAUGAAACUGACAUGAAAAAUUCCGAAGAGAAUAAUGGCCAUGAGGAAGAUGAGAAUUCUCAGGACCAUGAGCUUGAUGAAGACUCCAGGAGUACACAUGAGGCGCAGGAGGAACUUUAUAAAGCAGAUGAUGCUUCAAGUGCAGUGACUCAUGAUACACAAACGGUUACCACUGAAAAUGAGAACGGUGGCUUAGAGGCUGCUAAUGAGAAUGCUGAAGUAAAAAUUAUUGAGCAUGAAAGCAAUCCUGACAAGAAUAUUAGUUUUGUUCAAAACAUAACACUGUUAAAGUUGGAUGAUCAUGAAACAACCGGGAGUAACAGUUCCUUAAAUACAACAAGCCACGAAGAAAGUAUUCCUGAGCAUGUCUCAUCGGAUUCUAAGAAUACCUCAAUUGUGAAUCUUAGGAGUGUAGUGGAAUCAAACAAUACAGAAGUGAGUGGAGAGACACAUAACGUAUCCUUGCAGAAUUUAACACAAUCAAGUUUUGAUUCUACCAUUGAUGGUAAUGUCACUACGAAUGAAACAGCUGGUAGGGAAGACUCUAAGUUGCCAACCGCUGUUAUGCAGCACACUCAGUCUGAUUCUAACUUAACUUCCAUACAAAAUGAGGAUUCAAACUCAACCUCGGUAAAUGCCACACAUGAAGAUGGAGCAGGGGAUAAGUCACACACUUUGGGAGCAGACACCUCCAAUGAGGUUGAAGCUGAGACAUCCGAAACUGGUGGAAUAGAUGAAAGGUUGGAGUUCUCAAAUACCGAGAAUCUAGGUGAAAUUGGCCAAGAUCUAAUUGAUCCUUCUGACACUUUCAUUCCCUUAGAAGAGAAAGAGGUUGAUACAGAUCUGGAAACUCUUCCUGACAUACAAACUGAAGGAAGUAACACUGAAGAUGUUGCAGCAGAAUGAAAUAUUUUAUAGAAGAUUAAUGAAAUAGUUUUGUUGAUGCUCAAGUUUUCUCAUAUUUUGGGUUCUUUGUUUUAUUAGUAUCCCAAGUUCUGAGAGUGUUCAUUUGUCUGAAUUGUUGGUAGUUUUCUGGAAAACACAUUUACAUCCUAGCUGGCAAAAUAUAGGCAAGUUGGUGUAUUUCAAGGGAAGUAGCUUGUACAAUCAUUUGUAGUUAACCACUUUCCUCUUUCAUCCUUAAUUUUUACUUGUGAUUUCGGUAUUA